CCGUCGAAACGUGGAGAAAGGUAGACAAGAUUGCAAAACUUUUCUGAAGGGCAAAACAUCACUCUUUUUUGACAGUUGUACACCUUCAAUCGUAUUUUUUGUGUUUCGAGCAGACACGUAAAGAUUGUGCAUAAGUUCAAAGGUCAAACAUGGAACAAGUCGACUGCACCUCAGAGCAAUCGGACGCUCCAGCAAACAAUGCCGAGCCGAUGGAUCAAGAACCUCUGCCUGAAGUUGUAGAUUUGACGGAAGAUGUCGAUGUCGAAAAAGAUAAAGAACCAGAAGUUCCUGCGAAAAAGCGCAAACCAGUACGCAAAGCGAAGGUCAAGCGCUUGACGGGAAUGAGAAUCGAACGCUUCCGGUUCCUCCUAAAGCAGGGCUACCCCUUCGAGACGGCCUUUUACGGUGCAUGCAGACGGACCCACUUUGAGCUUGUUGCCUCGAGUGUGGCCUUGGGCGCAAUCGCGCGCCGUUCCGAGCAAGAUCCGUGGAUGUACGAAAUGCUUUAUCACGAUGAAAAGCGCAAUGAAAAGCACAGUUACAGCGGCCACUUCCGGCAGUCUUUUCACACGCUCAUCGAACAGGGUGAGUCCGUCGAGGAUGCGCUCGCGUUGGCGAGACGCGAGACCGACACCCGGACGGUGCUCGAAACGCCGAACGGGCUGUGCGAUCCGAAGACAUUUGAGGGGAAGAUACGGAUAAUUAUCGGAAGUACGCGCCACCCGGAGGAGGGAAUCACGACGGAGGAGUUUCGACAAAUUAUAGCGGAAAUGAGGACCAAUUUAGCUAAAAUUAAAGACAUUCGAUAUAUUCCGCACCUGGUUGAAUGUACGCUAGUUCCCGGAACCGGGUACAUUUUGGUCAUUUGUGGCGAUGCCAUCACCGUCCGCUGGGUUCGAUUGACCCUCAAAUGGAUGACACUUUGGCCGGGGGCGUCACUUUUCAUGGUGCGUGAAGAGAAAUUCCUCGCAUCCUGCAUCAUGACCCUUUCCAUCCCGGAUGGCAUCGCGAGGAAACUCGGCGACAUCAUGAAACAGCUAAAGGUUCAAAAUCGUAAAGUGAAAAUAGACAAAUGGUCGGUUCUGACGGCCGAGCAGCUGGACAAACAGAGGCUGAACAAACUCACAAUCAUGCUGCCUCUGAAGGACCUUAAUAAGCUUAAAACAUUAAACUCACCGCUUCACUACAUCAACCACAAACUCAGGCUCGUCGCGCCGGAAGACCGGACAAGCAUCGGAAAGCGUGCCCUCUUCCGGGGAUUUUUCCGCGUCAAAGACAUGGAAACAAAGGAUCUGUUCAAGGAGAUUGAGAAUGCAAACGAGGGCGUCGCCGUGACGGACGAGUGGAAACAGCUUCACCGGAGGACUGGCCGGAUCAUGUUCUUCGUGGACGCCGCUUCGGCCCGAGCGAUCCGGGCGGCAGGCGACGAGAUAAACUUUCAGUCUACCACGGUGAAACUAGUGUACCAUUCAAGAGUUUCGGAGAUUUAAUAAAGAUUUUUUCAAUAUGCUAAA